GGUCUGUGGAAAUAAGAGACAAAAAUGAUGCAUAUAUGAUGCAUUAUUUAGCUAUAAUUGUGCUACUUUAGGAUAAUCAUCAUCAUCUUCGACAGCGCCAAGUAAAAGAUCACCAACAGCAGCAAUAAUAAUAAUAAUAAUAAUAAUAAUAAUAAUGAGUAUUUUUGCGCAUAAACACUGCGUUUUCAGGUUUUCUGGUUGACUUUUUCUGGCCGACACACGUUUAUCGACGACGACCUUUGGAUUUACAAAUAAAGGGACUUUUCUCUCUCCCUUUGCACUGGAUGCCGUUUCAGAGAGAUGGCUGGACUUGGAAUUAUACACAAUAAAUAAACAACGAUAUAAAGACGGGCAACUUGGACACUUCUAAUGCAGGUGCUUUUAUACUGUCGGAAAUGAACGCUUCGGAAGCCGCUUCUUUUAAGUUAUGGCGCUAGAGAAUGGCACGGAGGGGUUGAAUUGCAAUUAUUUGCGGACUGCGCCCACUCACAUGAACCAGGAAGCCAAUCACACGGAGCAAAAUGUAGCAGGCCCUCCCCAUCCUGGAAAGUUGGCGGGGCUUCCAAAGAGGCGUUUGGUCGUUCCCUCCAUCAUUAUCCUACUCGUUCUGGCAGGAAGUGGUGCUCUAAUCUGGUAUUUUUUAGAUUACAGAGUGUGGGUGCUGGAGCCCAGGGUGCAGCAGCAGUACUCUGCAAUGGUGACGAUCCUCAACAGAAACUUCAGCUCCCCGCUGGCCUCCCGCUCCAGCCUGGAGUUCAGAGCAGAGGCCAGGCUCCUGCAGGACAUGGUGAAGAAACUGGUGACAUCAUCUGAUUUAUCUCGAUACUUCAACUCCACUACUGUCUUUGCAUUUGGGGAGGGCAGCCUGGUUGCACACUUUUGGCUCAUUCUGUCAGUGCCAAAGAGCCAUGUUGAAAAGGUCACAUUGGAGCAGAUCAGCGGAAGCCUGAUUAGCCGUCUUCUGGCCUACAGUACAGGGAACACAGCCAGCUAUCGGGGAUAUCUGUUAUACCUUCCCUCGUUUUCCAUUACAGAAAAUGACCACAAAGUUAUAGAGCUUUUGAAAGCUUCAUUUGACUGUUACAGGUACCAUGCUGUGACGUCCAGUUCCCCUGUGGCCCUCAGGGGCCCAAACACCCAGCAGUCUUCCUGUAUCUGGCACCUGAAGGCCCCACUGGGAUCCCAACUGGAGCUGAAGAUGGAGUGGCUGCUGCCAGAGUGCCGAGACCGCCUGGCAGUGUAUGACUCCGUAGUCCCAACAGAUUCCCACCUCAUAACCUCUCUGUAUGGGUGCAGUAGACAUGAGCAGGUGGUGAGGAUGCUCUCGUCAGGGGAGUGGAUGACAGUGCUGUGGAAGCAGGGCCUGUACAACUACAAGGACCCGUUCUCCCUCUCCGCCCAGGCCUGGCCCUCUCACGUGUGCUCGUCCGUUUUCGACCUGCAGCCAGUCCUGGGGGUCCAGGGCAGCUUCCACACUCCCUUCUACCCCAGUUACUACCCUCCUGACACAAACUGCUCCUGGCACUUCAAUGUGCCCUCCACGGAAUAUGGACUGAUGCUGGAGUUUGAAGGUUAUGAGCUGAGCAGGGCCAACUACAACCAGGCCUGUACGCAGGGCCAGUGGGUGAUACAGAACCGCAGGCUUUGUGGGACUCGGAACGUCCAGCCAUAUGCCGAGCGCCUCUACUUCCUGUCCAACUCCACCAGCGUUACCAUGACAUCAGAGGUGUCCCUCACAGGCCCUGGGCUUCAGGUCCACUUCAGCCUCUUCAACCAAUCAGAUCCCUGUCCCAGACAGUUCCUCUGCACUGUCAACGGGCUGUGCGUCCCAGCGUGUGAUGGUAUCAAGGACUGCCCCAACGGCUUGGACGAGAGGAACUGCGUGUGUGUUGCCCAGUACCAGUGUCCAGAGGACAGCCAGUGUGUGGACUAUUUCAAAGUGUGCGAUCACCAUGCGGACUGUGAGCAGGGCAUGGAUGAGGAGAACUGCACUGAAGGUGUGGAGUGCACUGAGAUGACCUACGUCUGUGCUGACGGGACUUGCAUCAAGAAGCCAAAUCCAGAGUGUGACCUCGUCACCGACUGCCCUGACGCGUCUGACGAGAAGCAAUGCAACUGUGGGCUGCGUCAGUUCUCCAGCCGUAUUGUGGGCGGGCUGGACGCCUCCGAGGGGGAGUGGCCGUGGCAGGCCAGCCUGCAGGUCAGCGGUCGGCACAUCUGCGGAGGGGCGCUCAUCUCCAGCCAGUGGUUGAUCUCGGCGGCUCACUGUUUCUAUGACGACCGGCUCUUCUCUCCCAAGCUGUGGACCGUCUACCUGGGCAAGCUGUGGCUGAACCGCACCAGCCAGACGGAGGAGGCCAUCAGGGUGGCGGAGAUCCACAUGCACCCUUACUACGACGACGACACCCACGACUACGACCUGGUGCUGCUCAGGCUGGAGCGGCCCGUCUCGGCCGGGACCCUGGCCCAGCCCGCCUGUCUCCCGUCCCCCACCCACCUGCUGGAGCCCGGGCUGCUGUGCUGGGUGACGGGCUGGGGGGCGCUGAAGGAGGGGGGCUCCAGCAGCAACGUCCUGCAGAAAGUGACUGUGCCGCUCAUCAGCGAGGACGUCUGCAACAGGUCCUACGGCUACAGGAUCACUCCCAGAAUGCUGUGCGCCGGCUUUCACGACGGGGGUAAAGACGCGUGCCAGGGGGACUCGGGGGGGCCCCUGGUGUGUCAGGAGGCCUCUGGUCGCUGGUUCCUGGCGGGCGUGGUCAGCUGGGGCAUAGGCUGCGGCCGGCCCAACUACUACGGGGUGUACACCCGCAUCACCAAACUGACCGGCUGGAUCCAGGAACGCACCUCCUCCUGAGGGUGGGGUGGGAGCGCCACUGUGCUCCCCAGCCCAGGCCCAGGGGGGCUGUCCUGUGUGGAGGCUGCAGGAGAGCAGCUCUCUGAGCCCAGGCUGCUUCUCCCCUUAGUGACUAAUCAUGCUGCUGUGUACAGGGCUGUGUGGAUCCCUGGCUGAUGUAUGCACAUAAACACACACACAGGUGCACACACACACACACACACACACUCACACACGUUUGUAUUGCUAUACUUGUGACGACUUCCCAUUGACUUACAUUCAUUCCGUAACCUCUAACCCUAACCCUAA